AUGGCUCCCAGAAGCAAGCCGCGCAAAAAAGCUCACAAGCUCGGUGGCUCCGAUGGGAUUUUCCAAUUUCCGGAGGCGAUUCUGCAGAAAAUCUUCUUCUUCUUACCCGUAGAAGACGCAGUAUCACUAUCAGCUGCUUCCAAGACUUGGCGAAAUGUCUGGACUUCACUUCCAAUCCUCAACCUAAGAUUAGAUCACAACGAAUAUGUCACUUUCGAGAGCUUCGUCUCUUCAGUCGAAGACUCCUUGUCAAUCCUAAGAUCUCGCAAAGCAAAAAUUGAGAGCUUCUUUUUGACGAUUGAUCCGCAGGAAAAAGAGGGUUCGGACUUGGAAUCUCACCUCCAUGACUGGCUUACUUUAAUUAUGAAAAACUAUGUCAAGGAGAUAGAACUUAGGGUUUCUGAAUCUCCGAACGACAUUUUCUACACUAUACCCCAAUCAGUUUUCACUUCGAAAUCUUUAGUCAAACUUCAGCUGAUAGGUUGCAAAUUUCCGGCUGACAUUUUAUUCUCUGAUGGUGGUGGUGAUCGAAAGAAAUCCAGGAGGCGUCGUCAUGAAUUUCUCUGUCUUAAAGAGAUAAUUCUUGAGGAUGUUGUUGCUCGUGAUGAUCAAAUCAAGGAACUUGUGAAUCAUUCUAAGAACUUUCUUGAGAAGCUGACCAUUAAAACGUCUCCUGCAAUGGAACUUCUGAGUCUCGAAUUCUUCUUAAAGCUUAGUUUUUUGAAGUGA